AGCUGAUCAGAUGGAGAAAAAGCACACGAAAAGCCUCCCGAGUGUGAAGCUGACCACACUACACGUGCUGUAAAGCCUCCAUGAGGAUUUUAUGACAGAGUUCAUCUCUCUUUCUGUGCGCCCUGCUCUUCAAGCCGAGGGUGAGAGAGUCGCUUCCUCUGAGCUCAUGAGGCUUUAGCAUGCUAGCAUGCCCUCUGAUUUUAUAUCUCUCCUGAGCGCCGAUAUCGACCCCAGUUCUCCCAAAUCUCUCUAUUCCAAAGAGUCUGUGUAUGACCUGCUGCCUGCAGAGCUGCAGCUGCCGUCGCUCGUCCAGCAGGAAAACUCCAGCAUGAGCCAGAAGAGCGGUGGAGAAGCCGGACCUCCUCCUGCUGCUGCUGCUGCUGCUGCACUGCCCACAGAUGCUGCUGCCCCGUGCGCCGCUGCCUCCUCCCCAGGGGCCCUCAGCAGUACGCUUCCCUCCUGUCCCAGCAUGCUCUCUGCUACCUCAGCCCCGGAGCAGACGCCGGAGCCACAGCCGGAGCGUAUGGAACCUGCAUCAGAUGCUGCACAGAGCCAGGCCACCCCCUCCAAACGCCGCACCGUCCUGAGCAUCUCGCCGCCGCCGGAGGACCUGCUGGACGACAGCCGGAUGUCCUGCCAGGAUGACACGCUCCCGAAUCUGGACUCGGAGCAGAGCAGCACCAUCUGGCUGGAGGAUUCAGUGUCCAACUUCAGCAUGGGCAGUAGCAGCUCCUACAACGACAACACGGAGGUGCCCAGAAAGUCCCGCAAGAGGACGCCCCGCCAGCGACCCGGCUCCAAACCCGCGGCCCGAGAGGAGGCUGGCAUGGAUGUGUUUGACGCCGACAGCGCUAAAGCUCCACACUUUGUACUCUCACAGCUGGGUUCAGACGCCAAAGUCACACCUAAAGCCAGCUCCCUGGAAGUGUCAAAUAACCAGAAAGGAGGAGUUUUGUCCAUUCAGUACCCUCCGAAGAGCGAAGGGAAGGAGCUGAAGAUUCUGGUCCAGCCGGAGACGCAGCACAGAGCGCGAUACCUCACAGAGGGAAGCAGAGGAUCCGUCAAAGACCGCACGCAACAGGGAUUCCCUACAAUCAAACUAGAUGGCGUCAGUGACCCAGUGGUGCUCCAAGUGUUUGUGGCCAAUGACGCUGGACGUGUGAAGCCGCAUGGGUUUUACCAAGCCUGCAGAGUGACCGGACGCAACACCACGGCCUGUAAGGAGGUGGACAUCGAGGGGACCACAGUAAUUGAAGUAAACCUCGAGCCAACCAACUCUAUGACCCUACCCGUGGACUGUGUUGGCAUCUUGAAGCUGAGGAAUGCAGAUGUUGAAGCUCGUAUUGGAGUUGCAGGAUCCAAAAAGAAGAGCACUCGCGCACGUCUGGCCUUCAGAGUCAACAUCCCAAGACCUGAUGGAUCUGUCCUGACCCUCCAGACUCUCUCCUCUCCGAUAUUAUGUACUCAACCAGCUGGAGUGCCUGAAAUCCUUAAGAAGAGUCUUCACAGUGGUUCUGUAGCAGGAGGAGAGGAGGUCUUCAUAAUUGGCAAGAACUUUCUCAAAGGAACCAAAGUUCUUUUUCAGGAAAAUUCAUCAGAUGAGAGUGGCUGGCAGGCUGAAGCAGAAAUCGACAUGGAACUUUUUCAUCAGAAUCAUCUAGUGGUGAAGGUUCCCCCAUAUCAUGACCAGACUGUGGCCAACCCGGUGUCUGUAGGGAUCGCUGUUGUGACAAACGCAGGAAGAACGCAUGAUUUACAGACUUUUACUUACACUCCUCUAACAGAGAAAGUUGAAAUACCGGUGAAGUCAGAACUGCCCGCCACAGUCAAGGCUUGUACCUUUGAAGAGCAGAUCAAAGCGAUGCAAACUGAAACCAGCUGUCUAAAUAAUGUUAUAAUGUUACCGAUGGUCAAGCGCGAAGAGCCUAUGGAAGUCUCCUGCAAUGCUACUCCUUCUGACAUUUUUAAGCCUGUAGAGACUCUUAGUUCAACCCAGCAGAUAUUGGAGAUCAGUACUGUCCUUCCGUCUGCCACCAAAUCUUUUCCAAGCCCAGUGGCUCUCCAACCCGUCGACUCCCAGCAAGCUCCGGCUCAAAUCUUCACAACUCAAGAAACAUUGGCCACCAUUCAGAAGCAGGACAUUCCUUCACCUGCCUCCUUUCAAGUGUCCUUGUCAGAGGACACAACCGUUCUCCAGCCGGUUCCCCCUCAGGUCCCGCAGCAGUUCUUGCGGGAAACCCCAGAAACACUGUCUCCAGAAGACAGCAGUGCAGAUGGUGCUGGAAUGGUACUGGUGGGCAUAGACAGGAAUCCGCCAUCCCAGCGCCAACAGGUCCAGGCUCUUCUACCUCAGGAUGGGGUUGCACAGCUGGAGCUGGCAGUGAGAGAGCUGCAGGCACAACAGCAGCUCAAUUCUGUACUUUACAGCCCGACUCCGUCUGCAGAAAGCCUUCAGCAGCAUGUGCAGGAAAACAUGAACAGCCUACGGUUAGGUGGAAAUGAGACGACUCUAACCAACCAGCAACAGCAGCAGCAAGAGCAGAAUAUACUGGAGAAUCUGCAACAGCAGCAGCAGAAGGCUCUCGUGGAUCUACAGCAUCAACAAACUGUCCUGGAAAAUCUUCAGCAACAUCAGAAAGUCUUGGAGAACCUCCAGCAACAUGCUAUGGGCAACAUCCAGCAGCAACAAACACACAAAGUCCUGGAGAAUCUGCAGCAUCAGCAACAGCACCAGAAAGUUCUGGAGAACAUUCAGCAGCAAAGUUCAAUCGUGACUCUGCAGCAUCAGAAGGUUCUGGACAAUCUCCAGCAGCAGCAACAGCAUCAGAUUAAUCUAGAAACUCUUCAGCAUCAGGAGGUGUUGGAGAGCCUGAAGCAGCAGCUGCAAUCAGAGCUCAUGCAGACGCAGAUACCAAUGCAGUGCACGCCUAGCUUCACUAACGAUCAGCAAAGCUCCACACAGGCUAGCACUCUCCCGCAGUCCUCUGACGGAUUUCUCCAGAACCCCCCGCAGCAGCAGGCCGCACUUUUCCAGCAGACCGGUGGGAUCAUGACCAUACAGACCUCUGGCUUUCUGCAGCAGCCGUCUGCUCAGCCAUCGCCUCCUCAGCCGCUUUUCCAGAGCCACAACCCCUUGACGGAAACUCAAGACACUCAGGCUGUACUCUUCGGAGCCACAAAGCCGCCACAGGUCCAAGCAGCCUUAUUUCCCAGUACCAUGACAAUGCUAGCAAGCAGCAAUCUCCCCACAGAGCAGCAACCUCCUUCAGCUAGUCUGUUUAUCGCGCAGAGUGUGUUACCAGCAUCAGAUAACACCCAGAACCAGCCGCCGCAGCAGAUCACCUUCCUCACGCCCAUGCAGACCUCAGGAGCCGAACCCCAGACAGUCUCACUUUUUCAAGGACAGACGCAGUUGUCCACCCCAAUGGAGCAACAGCAGUCUCCUCAACAGCAGCAGAUGCCAACCUCUCAACAAGCCCCUCUAUUCUCGAAUAUCACCACAAUAUCCCCAAAUCAAGCACAGCAACCAACUCAGACGGGAAUACUGUUCUGUACAACAACAAUCAAUCCUCACGAUCUCCCCCAGGCUCUGCUGUUCAGUGGCCAGAAUCAGGCUUCGCUAGGAACCGAUCGGCUCCCAGAGAAUAUCUUUCAGGAGCAGCAGCCCAUGCAAGUGGUUCCCAGCUCUGAAAAUGUUUCUUCCAACAAUCCUUCGAACCAGCCCGCAGUCCCAGCAGCGCAGGCCGCUCAGAACCCAUCAAUUAUUUUCACACAAACCGGUGUGGUGAAUGUUGCUCAGCAAGACUCUGCAGAACCCAUGUCUUUUCAGGACCAGAGCACCGGUGUCAAUGAAUCUUCUGCCAGUUUGCCUUCAACACGGACAGAACUGUUUCAGGACCAGCAGCCCAUGCAGGUUGUGCCCAGUGCCGCAAGCGUAACCCCCGUCUCUCCUUCGGACCAACCUUCUGUCAACAUUUACUUGCCUCCGUCAGCAAUUUCAGCCUUGCAGGGUGGUGUAAGUGCUCAGGAUUUACCUCCAGCUGCCGCAGCCGCCACCAUGUUUAGUGGGCAGACUGGUGUGUCAGGACUGCAGAACUCCGCCCCGACUGCCCCUCCACAGCCACCCAGCCAACUCUUCCAGACUGCUAUUGGGGGAACCCUGAGCCAGCCGGGACCGCCAGGACCAGCUGGCCUGUUUCUCUUUGAGAUUCCCAGUGAUUGUGGAACGUUAAUAAACUCUCCCGGUCCGCCGUUGUCCGAUCAGCUGGUCACUUUGGGUCAUCCCGGUGCGGAUCAGAAUCAGACCCAACUUCAGACUAAUGCACAGAUUCAGACCUUACUGGAUCCGUCUAGCAACCUGGAGGACAAGAUAGACCAACUUCUGGAGAGUUUUCAGGAGCAGGGAAAGUCGCUCCCACAGGAUUUCUUGGACCAUUAAAGCUAGGUAAUCCGAAAGUAGACCACCGUCCACACCGCUUGCUAAUGCUCCUUUCUCCAUCUGGCAUCUUGUGUGGGUAUUAUCCAACACUGGGGGUCGUCUAGAACUCUUCUAUAUCUGUUUCUGAACGCUUUUAGUGUGUUGGACGUCCUUUUCUUGAUGGACGAAUGAGGGUCCACUUUAUAUAAUGUCAACAUAUCAUGUGACCCACGAAGCCAUUAAGUAUAUUGGCACUUUGCUAACUUUGUAUUUGUGUUCUUGACUUCCACUUGAAUCUUCUCCAUUUAUUACCAUCGUUAAUCUGUUUUCGUUAGAAGCCAACAAUAGUAGAAUAUAUGAAAAACACAAAAAAAUAAUCAAAAACUCUGUUGCCGUUGAGAUACUAAUACAUUGUGAAUGAAUUUGAAAUAUAUUUAGCACUUUAGGGGGUUUCCUGUCGGAGAUUCCCUUUUAGCUUUGUAACCCAUACGUGUCUAACAUGGCCGUCGAAGCUUUUUUUUGAUAGUCAUGAUGCUUUCUAAAAGAAUAAUGUGUUUUUUUUUUUGUGUUUCAUUAUUCUCUUUUAUGAAUAUAGUCUAUUUUAUGAGCCAUGUUUUUCUUUUGUUAUGUGUUUAUCCAGUUUCAGCAUAAGUCGCGAUGCUCUAUGUUAGUCACUCCUCCUGUUUUUAGUUUUAUUUAAUUUUAUUUAAGAGGUCCAACUUGUAGGCAGGGAUGAGAAUUUGUGCAACGUUGCCGAUGAGAUCUGUGAACAGAUUGUAUUCUCCUCCAGCAGAGCGUCUUCGGUGCGUGCGCGUUCGGCAGAAUUACACAGAGCACAUGGCUGUUUGUACUAUAUGAGAUGCAGCUACAGUCUUGAAUUGUAUGUGGUUUGUGGAGGUUUAUUCAAAUAAGCACAAGCUCUGGAAGAUGAUUGGUUGUGGUGGAAAUGCAAGGGAUUGUUCACCCA